UAGGAGGAAAGCCGACGUCCUCCUCUUUCCUCAGAAGUGAUCUGUGGCCGGCCGGACUUCAUUCCACAGAUGUGCUUUAACAAAGUGUGAAGCUGAACUCUGAGCUGUGACAGUGAAGCAGUGUGAGAGUGUCAGUAGAUGAUCAGCAGAGGAAAGUGAAGCUGCUGUGAGCUGAUGUCCUGAAGGGCUUUUAAAGAGUCUCUGAGUUUGACAGGAACAUGAAGAUGUUUGUGGUGUUUGUGAUCCUCCUGCACGUUUCCCAGCAUGCCCUGGCUGUGUUGGUGGAGGUGAAUGAGGGGGAAAGAUCUGUCCUGCUGCCCUGUCAGUACUCAGGUUUACCACCUGUGGACCCCACAGUAACAUGGACUCGCAACGAUCUCAAUCCCCAAUCUGUCCACGUGAGACAAGAAGAAACCGAUGAUCUCAGAGGACAAAACCAGCGUUACAGCGGGCGCACAUCGAUGAGGCCUGAUGCUCUGGACUCUGGAGACUUCAGCCUCACUCUGAAAAACCUCCAGCUGACUGACAGCGGAAAAUACACCUGCACACUCAGCAAUGAAAGAAAUAAAGUUAGAGUGGGAGAUGUACAGCUGCAGGUCAAAGACCAGCAAGUGGUGGUUAAAGUGGAGGAAGGCUCAGACUCCGUCAUCCUGCCCUGCAAAACAACACCUGACCUGCCUGAGGACACCUCAGUGGAGUGGACUCGCUCUGAUCGAGAACUCAUGACGGUCCAUGUGUAUCCAAACAGAAAGAGAGACGGUGGAGGAUACAUCUGCACCAUCUACAGGGACAAAGACAUCCUGAGACAGAAAGUAGUGCUGAAGGUCAAAGGUUACAAGGUGGAGGUGGAUUCAGAGGUGGAGUCUGUCCAGCUGCCCUGCAAAACCACAGUUUGCCUGUCUAAAGACGCUAAAGUGGAGUGGAAGGACAUGAAAGACAGGAAGGUCCACGUGUAUAAGAACGGCUCUGACCAGAAUGAAGAACAGCACCAGGUUUACAGAGGCCGAACGGAGAUGAAGAGGAAAUGGCUGAAAGCUAGAGACCUCAAUGGAGACACAAACACCUACACUUGUACCCUCUACAAUCAGCAGGGAAACAUCCUGAUGAAGAAGGAAGUGCUGCUCAUUGUCAGAGUUCACAAGGUGGAGGUGGAUUCAGGGAGGGAGUCUGUCCAGCUGCCCUGCAAAACCUUAGUUCAAGUGUCUAAAGACAUUAAGGUGGUGUGGAAGGACAAAUAUGGAAAGGUCCACGUGUAUGAGAACGGCUCUGACCGGCCUGAAGAACAGGACAGGGAGGGAAACAUCCUGAUGAAGAAAGAAGUGGAGCUGAAAGUCAGAGACUGUCAUGUAGAUGUAGAGGAGGGGGUGGAGUCUGCAAAGCUGCCUUUCCAAACCACAGCUGAGCUUCCUGAAAAGGCCACAGUGAAGUGGGAACGAUAUAAACCAGAAUACAUGAUGGUGCACAUGUGUCAGAGUGGAUCUGACCAGCCUGACAAACAGCACCAGGUUUACAGAGACCGAACAAGAGUGAAUGAAGACCUGCUGAAAACUGGAGACCUCAGUCUGACCCUGAAACAGCCCACAGAGAGAGACAGUGGAGAAUACAGCUGUGUGGUCAUCAGUGGGGACAUCUGGAGGAAGAAAACAGUGCUGCUCACAGUCACAGUCCAAAAACUGGAGGUGGAUUCAGGGGUGGAGCCUGUCAAGCUGCCUUUUAAAACCACAGGAAACCUGCCUGAAGACACUAAAGUGGAGUGGAAGGGUAAAUACGGAAAGGUCCACGUGUAUGAGAACAGCUCUGACCAGCCUGAAGAACAGGACCAGGCUUACAGAGGCCGAACGGAGAUGAAUGAAGACCUGCUGAAAACUGGAGACCUCAGUCUGACCCUGAAACACCCCACAGAUGGAGACACACAAGUCUACACCUGCACCGUCUACAGGGAGGGAAACAUCCUGCUGAAGAAGGAAGUGCAGCUGAAAGGUUACGGGGGGUUGGAGACCAUCCAGCUACCACAGAGCGGACAGGUCACCUAA